AGGGAUUAACAAAGGGUGAAUGCACUGUUUUGGGAUGAGUAUGCUUUUGAGAGGGAUGUGGGAGAUCGGAUGGGUCUCUUGUGUUCCUUGAUGACCAUCAACCAGAAGAGCACGAGCUGAAUGAGACUGAACCCACUCAGGAACUACUUCGACCAGCAAGGACUAUCGAGAUUGAUGGGAUGUCUGAAACGAAGAACAACAAGCACAACUGACCACAACCAACCGAACCAGAAGAGGUUACUAGUAUCCAGGAUGACGAUGAGGAUCAAGAAAGACCAGGAGAUCGAGCUCAACAGGGCCGAGUCAAAACUAUGCCAACUCCUCAAUCAAUCCGUCUCUCAUCUCAAAGCAUCAGCAUCAUCCACCAAUCAGGACUUGAACUCACUCACUCUGAGAAUCGCUGGUGGCUGGGUCAGAGAUAAGUUACUUGGGGUCCAAUCUAACGAUCUAGACAUAGCCAUCUCAUCCUUAACGGGGCAAGACUUCGCCACCCGAUUCUCGAGCUAUCUGCGAGACCAACAACGACUGAAGAGAGAGGGACAGAGCGAGAAUCAGACCACGAAAGAAGCAGGAGAUGGAGGAGAAGAGACGUUUGAGUUGGGCAAGAUCGCAACUAUCGAGGCCAGGCCCGAUCAAAGCAAACAUCUUGAAACUGCCACCACUACUUUCCUCGGCUUGGAUCUCGACUUCGUCCAACUCAGAAGCGAGGAAUACGGCGAUCAGGAUAGUCGCAUCCCAAGCUCAGUCAGAUUUGGGACGCCUUUAGAAGAUGCAUUGCGACGAGACAUCACGAUCAAUUCCUUAUUCUACAACGUACAUACAGGAGCCAUAGAAGACCACACUGGAAAAGGUCUAGAAGAUCUUGAAGUGGGAUUAAUCCGGACCCCGCUUCCAGCCGAACAUACUUUCAAGGACGACCCUCUUCGUCUCUUGAGGUGCAUCAGAUUCGCGACUCGCUUCGGCUUUCGAUUGGAUGCAGAUAUCGUUUCUGCUGCCACAUCUGAACCCAUCAGAGUUGCAUUGAAGGAGAAAAUCAGUAGGGAAAGAGUAGGAACAGAGGUGGACAAGAUGUUGAAAGGUCGGGAUCCGUUAUCUUCGCUGAAAAUGAUCGAAGAACUCGGCCUAUACAAGCUAGUUUUCAGCCCUCCCAAGAGUCUAAAAGAGGAGACAAUCGAUCCAUCAAUAGCUGUCGAAACGGCAACCUGUCUAGCCGGGCUCCUUCACCUCACCAAUGAUUCCAAUCUGUCAUCGUCGACUCUGCCUCCCAACAUCUCCAAACUGCUGCCUCGCUCAAACGCCCUCAAACGGCGGCUCUUCCUCGCUUCUGCUCUUUCACCCUAUCGCGAGUUGAAAGCUAAGGCCGGCAAAAAGGAGCUCUGGGCCGGUGAGGUCGUCCUCAUGGAGAGCCUCAAAUUAGGAAACCAUGACAAGAGUUUUAUUUCAAAUUUGUACCGAAGUUUGGAAGUUCUGAAUUCGAGUAAUCUGGAGUCAAUAUUGAACACGACGACGACCAAAACGACGAGUAGUCCAUCUAUUCGAGUGGAAUUAGGCCGACUUCUUCGAUUGGCUUGUGUUCAUGAUCUCAAGCAAUCCGAGGCUGAGGCCAGCUUGAAUUGGCAAUCUUCUCUGCUCUUCGCUUUGGUCAUCGAACUCACUCGUUCCCAAUCCCAGUCUUCGUCUGAGCUUCGAAAUUCAAUCAUCAACACUUUCGAUCUUCUCGUUCAGAAAAUUCUCGACUUGGAUUUGACUUUCGUUGUCACACCUGAAUUCGAGAAAAGAAGAUUAGAUGGAAAAGAGAUAUGUGAAGUGUUGAAGACGAAGCCAGGAAAGCAUCUAGGCCAGAUCAUUGAGAGAGUGAUCGAUCGACAGAUCGAGUAUCCCGAUCAAACGAAAGAAGAAGGCUCGCAGUGGUUGGAAGAUCAGCUCCGAGCCGGCCUCAUCAAGAUCUCUUGAGACCAUCUACCAAUCGGCCCAUAUACCCCUCCUUCUCCUUGUCACAAGUUCAUGUCUGUCCUUGAGGAGGAAAGUGAAAAAAAAAAAAGGGGGGGAAGCGCUACCUUCGUCCAUUUGGGAAGAUAAAUUGGGUUCCUCUAUCUUCUCCAAUACUCGAUUGAAACCCCCUUUUUUCUUUUUCUUUUUCUUAUGAAAUCCGCAACAAACAUGACAUAGCAGAGACAGUCAGGACGGAACGCAACAGAGUCUAACGACAUCUUCGUCGUCCCUAUCUCAUCCUCGAUAUUCUUUUACCUUCAGUGAACCGUGAUUGCAUCCAUUCUACAUCCCCCUCUCACCGCCACCAUCCUCUCAAAAGAAGCGCUUGAGAAAUCCAUGCACACAUGCAGAUUUUGGACACAAGGCUGGAAGGUAUCAUUAUGUUUCAAUGAAAUCUUGCGGCAUAUCCCUUUUUUUUUCUAAUUGGUCUUGACUGUCUACAAACAACAUACUUGAAUUACCAUUGUUGUACAGGUUUUGGACCAGUUGUUGACGAUGAUGAUGAACACCAGAUUUGUGCACAUUGUACUUGGGUGGAAGCUGAGGAUAUUAUAGGUUGGAGGAAGGAGUGAAGUUGCAGUAGUGGUGCUUUGGUGGAUGGCAUCAAAUUCCAACAUCAGAUGGACUGCUCAUGUUAUGAAGACUUUCUCUUUACAAAUCCUCCAAUGAACACAUAA